GGAAAUGAUGUCACUGUGUGUUUAUAUCUCACUCAUGUCAAUGUAAAAUGAAUCGCUAUCUUCGUUUGAUCCGUUGACAAGUGCAAUUUUUGUUUUAAAAUGGAAACUAGAGAUUGUGAAAUGGGUGGGGUGGUUAAAGUGGAAUAUAUUUACAUUAAUUUUUUUUAUUUUAUUUGAUAAAUUAAGGAAAAUAUAUAGAUAAGCAUGUAAUCAAAAACAUAUUCUAGGCUGGAUUAUUUCUAGGAACUCGUCAGUGUUCCUGGAAAUACGAAUAUACCUGUACUUGGGCCAUUAUUAUGAAAACCACUGUAGAUGUGCAAAUUUAUUUUAUUGAUGUGAUAAAAGACAAAAAGACAUUGGGUGAUUAAUGUAAGGGUUUUUCUUGCAAAUGCUGCAUUCAAAAUGUAAUUGGCAGUUUUUCAUUCUUAAGAAAAUGACAUGUUUCCAUUUUACUUUGUUGUAUAGGAAAAAGUCGGUAAAGCUGUCAAAUCUAUUUAUUUGAUAAAAAGGAAAUGCUGGAAGGGCAUAAUAAUGUUAAAGAAGGUGAAGAAAAUCAAUUGAGCAACAUGGGAGCUACUAGAAAUAUGCCUUCCUCCAGAAUAAUUGUUCUUCAAGAACGGAAGAAACAACUGGAAGAAGCUUUAGCUAAAAGGAACCAGGAAUUGAAGCAGUUAUGCAUUCAGGAGGCAGAACUGACUGGGGUAACACCCCCUGAAAUGCCCUUGGAACCAGGAGAAAACUUCCCUACCAUAAGAAGACGUAUAGGAACUUCUUUUCAGCUACCUGAAACACUGGUUAAAAAUGCUAGUGACAAAGAUGAAAUGAUCGCAGCUUUAGAGCUGGAAAUUCAACUACAUGCCAAUAUGGCAGAAGCAGCUUUGGGCUUAGCUAAUGAACACAAUAUGAGUAAGACUAUGAAGAGGCAACAUCGAUCUGAGUAUCAGCAACAUAAACAAAAAGGUUUAGAAUUACAGGAAAAACUGGCAGCGUUGAAGGAAAAGGCGGCUGUAGAACAACAGAAACAAAAGAAAAAGCUAAGAGCUCCUGACAAUAUUAGCAAUGCGGACGACACAAUUUCACUUAGUACAAAUGGAAGCGACCCUUUUAUAAAGACUGAUCCCCGUCAUAGUAUGAGUUCAGCCAAGCACAGUAUAACAGGAGACAGUGCCGUAGAACUUAGGUAUCGACAAGAACCUUCAAGGCAAUACAGAAUUACUGAGUUGCCAUACAUUGCAAAUCAGCCGAAUAAACCAGAUGAUGGACUGAAUGGCGGCUUUUAUAGAUUGAGCUUAAAUGGAUAUAACAAGUACAUGGAAAGGCGGGAAAACAUCAACAACGUAUAUCCAGCUGGGUAUAUUACAGGAUCUCAACAGUUUCAAUACAACUCUCAAAUGUCAUUAAAUCAACAUAUGCAACAUAGUUUCCCAUAUCAACAAAAUAGUCCAAUUUCUCCUCAUAAUCCGCUUUUUUCUCAGCACAGUCCUCACUUGUCUCAACAUAGCCCUCAUUAUGUUCAUAUUUCUCAGCAUAAACCUCAGCACAGUCCUCAGAAGUUAUCCCAGUACCCUCCGUAUCCUUCAGAAUUGGCUGAUUUAGCUCAUAGACAAUCUAGUCCAACAACCUCGCUGUCUCCUAAAUCUCAUUAUUAUCCAUCCCACCCUACACUUACGAGACAAAGUUAUCGGCAAUACGAGAGUGAUGUUAUGUAUCGGAAUCCUCAUCAAAUACAGCCCCAUCAGCAAUAUGAGCAGAUGAAUGUUAUGGCAGCAGGAUUGGGUGGUUAUUGGAAAAAAACCCAAACCGGUGAGCUGGUUUGGUACUCAUCUUCAGUUGUGGAUGGCACAUGGCAAAGAGAUAAAAGAUUUGGUAGCCUAGAUAGGAGAAAAACUAAAAGAGUAUCCAGUCGCAUAUCACCAAAUAUGGAGAAUAAAUCGGCUACUUUAUCUACUGUUUCCAAUUAUCAAGGACAAGUUAGAAGUGCUUCUGUAAAGAAUUCACAGAUACUUAGCCGCAGAUCUCAAGAUAAUGGUCAAUUAGUGAGAACACAAUCUUUAGGUAGUGUAGGAGCUAUAACAAUAGAUAGUGUAUACCCAAAUGAUGAUAGUUCUUCAUAUGGUAGCGAUUGUCGGAACAUGGAUCCUAACCAAAUGUCCAAAAAGCAUAAAGAAAAAGAAUGGUUAGAGACAUCUUUAGACGGUCCGAUUUCCCCUCAAGGACCUCCAUCACCAGUAAGUUCAAUUUCUCCAUCACAACCACCACCUGCAGCCGUAUCGUCUCAUCCUCAGCCUCCGAUACCUGUUUUUCUAACUGAAGAUAAAGUUCCUAAAGAGAUUCCAGCCGAAUCCAACCCUUCACCAAAAGUUCGCGAAACCAACAUCGAGCUGUUUAAUAAUAACAUACCAAAAAAUUGUACAAUCGUUCAAGCAGGACACUGUAAGCCUUACCAUGAAGAAACCAAACCGUUUGAAAUGUCAGACUUUUAUAAAUACUCGACGAAGUUCAAAAAAUCACCAGUUAAAACGGAUGCUGAAGGGAAUAAGCCUAAAUUAUCUGUGAGUGGAAGAAGCCAAAAAAGUUUAAGUGACAAGUUUGAGGAACUUCCUAAAAGCAUGUCUUCACCUAACUAUCAAAAUAUAAAUAAUAGUGGCACCCCUACACCCUUACAUAACUCCCUUAAUACCAGUUUGGAGUUGGACCGUCUAGCGGUUUCCGAAAAUUUCUCCGACGAGAUGAAUGCUUGGUACAAGGAACAGCGCAAGACAAAUAAUAAUUCAGAUAACAGUACCGCGAAAAGCAGAUCAACAGCAACGUUAGUUUAAUUUUGUUUUUAUUUAUACAAAGAGUACAAGGCUAAUAAAAAGAUUGAUAAUAAUGUAUAUAACAAUGUAUAUAUUCUUAGGCAAUAAGAAGAAUGCAGAGGUAUCCUCGUCUUGUUACACGCUUUUAAUACUCGAUUUGCCGUACAAAAUUAAUGAAAAAUAAUAUAACAGCAUAACUUAUACUCUUUUCUGAUAUCAUCUAAUCUUGCUUGUGAUAUAUCCGUUCUCAAACAUCGUUGUCAGUGCGAAACCACCUUGUAGAAAACGUUUAAGAGGCAACUUGCCAUCUAAUGUCAUAAGUAUGGCUGCCAAUUGCGUUCACAUAUUCCUUUUCAGUAAAUUGCAUUCCUCGCACAUGCGCACUAACUUCCCCCUUACUACUAGCACGAAAAGUACUGCAAUCUAUAGUGCCAAUAUGUUGCCAUACGUACGAUGGUUUUAUAUUUUCUGAACUUUCCUAUGAAUCUCUUUGGAUCCAAACACCUGCGACAGAGAGAAGUAUGUUUUGUUCGCAAGUAUUAUUCUUUUCCGUAUUUCCUCCUCCUCAGUUAUCCUUGCGCCCAGGUAUGUAAGCUAUUUUACUACUUCGAUAUUUGCGUCUUCUAUUGUCAAAGUUUCUUUGGUUCCUAGGGGUUUAGUUUUAUCUACAUUGCCAGCUAGCCCUAUUUCUUUCGCAUUUUCUUUAAACUACACAUACAGUUCUGUGAUGUAUCUUGCUGUUUGUCCCAUUAAGUUUACAUCGUCUACAUAAAUCACAAUCUGCUUAGGCUUAUUAAACAAUAAAUUUUUGGGUUUAAAAUAUAUUCCACACAAAUCUUAGAUAGAGUCGGAGCUAGCCCAUCUCACUGAUUUAGCCACUUAGUUAUAUGGAAGGGGUCUGUUGAUUUUGAACUCGUACUUGUACUUCUGUGUGAGUCAUGGGAGCUUGAAUGAAUUUUACCAAAUUCUCGCAUAAUUAAGUAUAUUUUAUCUCCGUUUAUGUUAUCAUAGGUUUGUAUAAAAUCUACAAAGAUUUGGUAAAUAUCUGUAUUGUGCUCCCAUGUUUUAGCUAAAAUUUGUUUUAUGUUGAACAGCUGGUCAAUACUAAACCGUCCUGGUCUUCUCCAAUUUUUUAGAAUUUCAGCUGGUAUAUUGCCUGGGGCUUUAUUAUUGUUCAGUGCUUUAAUGGCAUCCAUUAUUUCCUGUCUUGUGGGUGGGUAUGUUAAUUCAUUACUCUGGUUCUGAUCUUCUGUUAUCUCGAAAUCCGCUACUGCAAAAGAGGUGUUUGUUUGUAUUCGCCCUGUUAGCAGACCCUCGAAAUGGUUUUCCAGCUUUCUUUUAUUGCGGCAUUGUCACUGAUAAUUUGUCCUUCACUAUUUCUAAAAAGAUUGGUGUGCGGUUUAUAUCCCUCUAUGAGUUGUUUCAGUGUUUAGCUCCUCUAGUGUCAUCCUGAUUGAAAUCUUCCUCCAUUUUUUAGUAUUUGAUCGUUUUCAUACCUCUUCUUCUUUCUUCUGCAUAAUUUGUCUGCCUUUCUUCGUUCUUCUUCCUAUUUUAGCGGCUUUCUUGUGUUCUUUUUUGAGUAUACUCCACGUGUAGUUCAUUUAUUUUGUCAAGUGUGUUCACACCUAUUUAAUUUCAGUAUACAGGUGUUUGGUAAAGAAUGGGCCAUAGCUUAACCUUAGAUUCCUGAGGUUAAAAUAGGUCGAUUUAAGCUAACUUACUUUAGUACAAAAGUUGAUAAUAAUCGAAAUACAGGGUGUCAAAGUUAAACUUUUAUUUUAUUUAUUUUUGAAUAUUUCCUGACAGGCAUGGGACAUCAACACGAAAUUUGGUAAGUGGUGCUGGUACUGUACACCCUACUAAAUUAUGUUAACAAGCGUUUCUGGCUACUACCAGAGGCGUACGACGGGGGAACGUGAAUGGUUGACCCUUCCCAAAUUCUACGCCACUGGCGGAAUUUCUAUUUUACUGUAAUUUUUUGAUUCUCCAAUACUUUCUAUGUAAAUAACAUAUUCUUCAUUCAUAACGAUAUAGCCAUUAGUUUUCGAGAUAUUUGAAGCUAAAAACGAAGGAGCAUAAUACAUUAAUCAAAAUAAGUGUGCCUUUUCGUUUUUAACUUCAAAUAUCUCGAAAACUAAUGACUUUAUCGUUACGAAUGAAGAGCAUAUUAUUUGCAUAUAAAGUAUUGGAGAAUCUAAAAAUUAUGCUAAAAUAGCAGUUUCAUCAGUGGCGUAUAAUUUGGGAAGGGUCAACCAUUCACUUUCCCCUGUCGUACGCCUCUGGUAUUAACCGGAAACGAUUAUUUAACAUAGUUUAGUAAGGUGUACAGUACCUACACUUUCUGCCAAGUACCAUAAGGAUAUGUCAAAUAGUUUUAUAGUACUGGACACACAUAAUUCUUAAAGUUUUAAAUAAAGAAUAAUUUAUUAAAAAAAAAAGAAUACUUUAAAAUAAUUUCACAUUUACAGAAAGUGUAGGCACUGUACACCCUAAUAAAUUAUAUUAAAUAAUCGUUUCUGGCGACUACCAGAGGCGUACGACAGUGGAAAGUGAAUGGCACUGAAAAUGUAGGCACUGUACACCCUAAUAAAUUAUGUUAAAUAAUCGUUUCUGGCGACUACCAGAGGCGUACUACAGGGGAAAGUGAAUGGUUGACCCUUCCCAAAUUCUACGCCACUGAUGAAACUGCUAUUUUAGCAUAUUUUUUAGGUUCUCCAAUACUUUCUAUGCAAAUAAUAUAUUCUUCAUUCGUAACGAUAAAGUCAUUAGUUUUCGAGAUAUUUGAAGUUAAAGAUGAAAAGGCACACUUAUUUUGAUUAAUGUAUUAUGCUCCUUUGUUUUUAGCUUCAAAUAUCUCUAAAAGUAAUGGCUUUAUCGUUACGAAUGAAGAGUAUGUUAUUUACAUAGAAAGUAUUGGAGAAUCAAAAAAUUGCACUAAAAUAGCAAUUCCGCCAGUGGCGUAGAAUUUGGGAAGGGUCAACCAUUCACGUUCCCCCGUCGUACGCCUCUGGUAGUAGCCAGAAACGUUUGUUUAACAUAAUUUAGUAGUUUGUACAAUACCAGCAUCACUUAUCAAAUUUCGUGUUGUUGUCCCAUGCCUGUCAGGAAAUAUUCAAAAAUAAAUAAAAUAAAAGUGUAACUUUGACACCCUGUAUUUAGGUUAUUAUCAACUUUUGUACUAAGGUAAGUUAGCUUAAAUCGACCUAUUUUAACCUCAGGAAUCUAAGGUUAAGCUAUGGCCCAUUCUUUACCAAACACCCUGUAUUGGAUUGUCCAUACAUUCAUAUUAUCUUCCUCUUCCACUCUACUAGCACGAAAAGUUGUGCAAUCUACUUGCAAUCAGCUGCUUGCAAGCUAGUUCUCGUUAAUGUAUACACAUGUCAUUUAGAAGACAAUAGCUGGUAGGUACAAGUUACUGUCUUGUUUUACUAAUGACCAUACGUAUGGAACAAUAGAUAUGAUAAAUUAUAUUACAUAAUCUUCAGAUGUUUUGAGUACAGUCUUACCAAAUUCACUUUGUAUUUGAAAUUUGGAUGCGCAUUGGUGUUGACGUUUGGAAAAUUGAAAUUUUCUCAAUUUUAUUUUGGUCACAUCUCACCACGUAAAAUACCUGCACGGAGAUUCUUUUCCUGUCUCGCUUAUGAGUUCCGCGGUCUCCGUUCUCUUUGUGCCCAUCUCAAACACAAAGUGAAUUUGGUCAGACAGUACUUAAAUCGUGGAUCAUAAAUUCAUUUUUUAACAAAAAAAUAAAAUAGUUAACAGGACGGAGAUGCCAAACUGUUCUUUUGUAAAUGUUUAGAUAGCAGAUUUAUUACUGAAAAAAUUUCAGUAUAAUUUUUAAUUUACUGACUGUUCUACAAAGUCAAAUAUUAAAAAUACAGUACAUAAUUACAUUUUUAUUUGACAUAUGGGUGUUUUUCGUGGGAAAAUGAUAAGAAAUAUUUUGUAAUAAAAACGAUAUAAGUAUAACAGAUGGAAUAAUUUAAGUACUGAAUAUUUUAUCCAUGACAUUUUUACUCGUCUGAGAAAAAAUACUUCAAAUUUAAACACAUCGCCAUGAAUUUUUAAGAGUAAUUUAUUUAAUGAGUUCGUUGUCUUAAAUUAAUAUAAAUGAAAGUACUACCUACUCUAAUUUUUUUCAAAAGUAUAAAAAUCAAGAAAAAUACAUUACCCUAUCUGACAAAACUUAAUUACACAUACUGGGUGUUUUUUAUGUAUAUAACUUUAAAAUGAAUUAAAACUUGUAAAUUGUAUUGAUUGUCACGAAAUUAGCUUUAUUUGAAAGGUAAAUUUGCCAUGUUUUUAUUUAAAUGCCAUAUCUGACGGUGGGUGUAGAAUACCCAACAGGUAAUAGUCCAACGGUGUUAAUUCGGGUAAUCUUGGAGGCCAAUUCGCGCAAUUAUGCGCUCACCAAACGGUUCAACAAAUCGAUUAUGGCACACGCUGCGCGACAGGUUGCACCAUCUUGUUGAUACCACAGCUACCCCGCAUUAAGGCCAUUCAGUUCAGGAACAAAAAGUCAUUGAUCAUGGCUUUAUAUCACCAUUAACUGUAACGUUCUAGCCGGUGUCGUUUUUGAAAAAGUAAGGAAUAAUGUUUCCUUCGGUCCUCAAAACACAACAAACAGUCAAGAAAAUUAGGAUCUACAGCAAUCUAGUUUUGGACCUAUUCAAUUCUGUUUUGAGUUGGAUUUUGUAAACCCGCAAACUAAGAUAAUUUGGCAAAAUCUUCCAAAAGGGAUGGGCACAAAAUUGUGCAUGAUGGCGAAUAUAUUCAUUUGGUCAUCACAGUCUCUCCAUCAUAAGAUGGCCAACAAUACUGAAUACCAGUAGCGGAUCUAGAAAUGUGCCGUGGGGGAACUUCCGAUGAAACACCAACCAAAAGACAUAAAAAAUAUAAACUCAAACUGCAUAAAAGACAUAAAUUAUAACUUAUAUGAAUUAGGUUCCCUUAAUUUUCCUAUGUAGUUGUUUAUUGGGUUAACUUUGUCUGUGGUGUAAGUUUCAUGAAUUUUUGACCUUCUGUAGGGGGAUUUGCUCUACUCCCCGCUGUGGGUUGUAAAAAUGUCUGAAUCUAAAAAUAACCCGAGAAAUAGUUUUUUUUCUAAUUUAAAAGUAUUUUGCAAUCUGUUGAGUGUCAACAACAAAAGUAAUGACAUUGACUAAGGACAAGAUAGAUUUUACCCACUGGUAAAAUCAAAGUACAAUUUUUAUAAAGUUGUAUAGAAAAUAAUUACAUUUUAUAACUACUAACUAAUUAGUUUAAAAGAUUACUCUAAAUGGUAAGUCCAGUGGUUUGAACCACUAAACCUAGACUGUUCUUGGGAAUUGUCUAGCUAGGAGGUUAAGUGUAAACUGGUUUUCAUGAUCCUCCAACUUGGCAAUGUAUGCAGCGCUACGUUUUGUGAUGACUUCUUGUACCAUAUCCAUUUUAAGGUUCUCGGUGAAUAAUUCUGUUGUUGAUGUACCAAGGUGCACUAGUGAUGGUUCUGAGGGUUUUUGAUUGGAAGCGUUGGAUGAUUUCGAUGUUGGAGUGACUGGCUGUUCUCCAUAGUUCCAACCCAUAUGUCCAGAUUGGCAUAAGUAUUGCCUUAUAGAGCAGCAAUUUAUUAUCCAGAGAUAGUCUUGAUGAAUGGCCCAUUAACCAAUACAUAUUUCUGAAUUGGAGACCUAGUUGCUUUCUCUUGGUUCAGAUAUGUUUCCUCCAUGUGAGACUUCUGUCCAAAUGAAUACCAAGAUAUUUUACCUCGUUGGCUGAUGGUAAUUGGUGAUUGUUUAAAGUUACAGGAGGACAAGUUUCUCUUCGUGUUGUAAAUGUAAUAUGAAUAGAUUUUCCUUCAUUGACUUUAAUUUCCCAUUCCAAAAACCAAUCUUGUAUUCUGUCUAGAUACGCUUGAAGGAGAUGCGAGGCAUAAAUAGGGUCAGUGUGUGAGGCUAGGAUUUCAGUAUCGUCGGCAAAUGUUCCUAGCAUCAUUUCUUCUGUAGGUGGUCUCUCCUCUAGUGGUUCCUGAAGAGUUGGAGGUAUAUCUACGGUAAACAAGAGAUACAAGGUAGGUCCCAGCACGCUACCCUGUGGUACGCCAGGUUUGAUAGAAUAGAAUUUGGAAAUUGCAUCUUGGUAUUUAAUAAAAUAACACCUACUUGACAAAUAUGACUCAAGAAGAAUGUAAAAGCUGUGCGGUAAUGUCCUUUUUAGCUUGUAUAGGAGACCUUCAUGUCAUACCUUGUCAAAUGCAUGCCUAACGUCAAGAAAUGCCGCUGAACAGUACCUUUUGGCCUCAAAAUUAGCAUUUAUAUGUUUUACCACUCUGUGAACUUGUUGGAUUGUUGAGUGAUGGGGCCGAAAUUCAAACUGGUGGUCUGGAAUUAGAUUUUUGAUCCAGGGUUCGAAUUUUUUUACUAAUAGUUUUUCGAAAACUUUAGACGUGAUUGGCAAGAGGCUGAUUGGCCUGUACGAUGUAGUUUCUUCUUGAGGUUUCCCCGGUUUUAGAAUGGUUAUUAUCUGAGACACUUUCCAUUGAUCAGGAAAGUAACUUAAGUUUAAUAUGGAUUGAAUAUAAACGUUAUAAGUUUUAUGAAUUUGAGAGGUAAUCCUUUCAACACUUUUCCACUGAUCAAGUCGUACCCUGGAGAUUUUCUAUCGUUUAAAUUAUUAAUAGCUAAGAUGACUUCGGACGAUUUAAAUUUCGGAAUAAGCAAACUCAUUUGAUAUGGACUUUGAAGAAAUGAAAAUACGUCUACUUCCACAGGUGAAUUCAUUUGAUUGGGAGUAAAUACUUCGGAGAAAUACUCUGCAAAACAACGUACUUUCUCUUCUGCACUACGAGCCCAUUCUCUUUCCGAUUUUCUUAUUGGAGGUGACGGAUUGUUUCAGUUUUCUCGUGGCUUUCCAUAGCGAAUAAUCGCUAUCUUUAGUGGAAUCUAAAUUUUCCAAGUAAUACUGAAGUGAUCGGUUUUUGAGAUCUUCGAACAGCUUUUUUAAUUCCCUUGGUGCACUAUUGAAUCUACGCUUAUCGGCAGGAUCUCUCGUCUGUUGCCAUCUUUUCCUCAAUCUUCUCUUUAGCAAAAUUUUUCUUUGACUACUUGUGGGCAGUCAUUUAUUAUGCAUUUAUCUUGUAUUGUUGGUGCUUGCCAGGCAGCUGAUUGGAUAUUUGUAGUUAGUUAUUCCACAGCAAGAAAUAGGUCCUCUUUGGUUUUUAGUGGAAUGUCUAGAGACACCUUGUUCUCCAGGAUAGAUCUGAAUUUUGGCCAGUGUGUGCGUCUGUUAUGAAGUGAGGGGAUAUUUCUUUAAUAAGUACCUGGGUUCCAACUGUGAAUAGUAUAGGCGAGUGAUCAGAAGAUAAUUCGUAGCAUGAUGUAGCUUUUAUAUUAGACCUAGGGGUGUUCUAAACCAAAGCAAAAUCGACCAAAUCGGGGAUUUUAUUUCUGUCCGAGUCCGAGGGCCAGUAUGUUGGUUCGCCGGUUGAUGCAUAAUCCAUAUUAUUUGACUCUAUGAUAUUUAGUAGAACUCUACAUCUCGGAGUGAUUAGUCUUGAUCCCCACCUGGUAUGUUUGGCAUUGAUAGUCCCCUGCUGCUAUGAAGCGGCUCCCAAGUGAAUUGUAAUAAUCUUUAAAUUGUUAGUUUGUGAUAGAGUGUCGUGGGGGGCAAUACAGCGCAGAUACUGUAAGUGGUCCAUCCCAGUCUUCAACCACAAUAUUGGUUGCUUGAAUAUGAUUUGUUUGGUACUCGUCAGCAUUAUGAUGUUUUAUUGUAUUUCUAACUAUAAUAGUAGAUCCUCCAUGUGCGGAUCCAUCUGGAUAAUUAGUAGUAUAUAUAGUAUAGUUUGGAAUUUUAGGUAACUUUUUUGUGUGAAGUGAGUUUCGGAUACUAGCAGUAUAUCUAUUUUAUGAAGGUGUAUCACUAGAAAUAGUGUUUUUAAUUUAAAAGUUCUAUAUCUCUAAAAAACACCUGUUAUAAGUCGCAGUUGAUUCAGUAUUAAACCGCUAAAUCUUAAACAAAUUUGAAGUUUUUUCUCAAAACAUAAAAACUUUGUAGGACAUUACGUUUAAAGAUGCAUAUAAGAAGUUAAGACUGAAUUUGAAAAACUACUAUGGACAUUUUAUACUACUGUUAAUAGUCUUGAUCACAAACUUUUAAAUAUCAAUAGUUAUAUUUUGUAUUUUACCAAUACACACGAACAAGAAAAUGGUACAUUUUAUAGUGAUUAAUAAGUACAGCAAUGUUAUUUUUGAAUGGUCGUAUUAGAUGGGAAUUUAAAUGGAAAAAAGGAAACGAUAUUAACGUUUGCAAAGAAAGUAGUUGCACUUCCAUCUAAUGCACUUAAUGUACCCAAAAACUUUGACGAACUAAACUUCAUUUUGGAAGUGCAAUAGUCUGAAAGCCUUUUUCUUGCAUUCUUUUAGCACUUGUUCCAUUUUUCUGUUAAAGAAGUUUCCACCUUUUUUCCAUGUCAUGUUUUCACUUGGGAAGAGAUUCGUAAUAAAAUUUGUCUCUCAAAUUAUAAAUUUAUUUUUUAAUGUCAAUAGUCUCUACUCAGUGUUGUAUUCUUUUUUGUGUGUAGUGAGAUAAAAUCGAGGAAAAUUGUUUUAUGAAUUAAAAAAGGAUUUAUUAAAUAUAAUCUAUAUUCUGUUUCUAGUAUACAAUUGAAUCUAAAAUAAAAAUAUUUUUUAUACAUUUUUGUGUGUUAAAAUGUUACAUAUAUGAUAUAUCAAAAUGUUUAAAGUAAACUUAUAAUAAUAUUUGCACAUCUUAGACUCUGUACACAUGAGCGUGUUAGACGCCGCGUUUGCCUAAUGCGCGUUUCAAGUACCAAAGGAACAAAUGCUAUCGUUCACACGCAAGCGCGCAUUUAGCAUAAACGUCGUGAAAACGUAGCGCUUGUAGAAUACACUUCAAAAAGUGAAAAUUUUGAUAUGGAACUAUGUAUGUUCAAUGUAUCUUUUAAACUCAUAGAUACAGUAGAACUCCGAUUAUCCGUGCUAUGAUUUUCUAUUACUCAAGUUGUAUUUUUGAGGUUUUAUCAAAAUAGCGUCAUCGUAAAUCACUUGACGGAAACUCUAUAUGACGAAAGAGAGACUCAUAAUGAAAGAUUUAUUUUUUCUGGUAUCUUUUUAUGGUAGGUACAUAUCGGUGGCGCCUAAAAUCCCGACAGCCAAAAUCCCGACGGCCAAAACCGACACGCCAGAAUCCCAACACGCCAGAAUCCCGACAUGCAACAAUCCUCGUUUAAGUAAAAAUUCCGACCACUACAUUUUGAAUAUUUAUUGUUUCCUUUUCAAAUACAAUACCAAAUCAUAUUAUAGAGUAUUUAAAUUGGAAAAUUAUUACUUACUAAUAAGUACGGGUACUAAUUAUUAUGUAUUUUAAAAGAAAAAAUUGUUUAAACACUUCAUUUUAUAAUAUAAAAGCUAUACUUACUGAAACGGAGGGUUGUAAGUGACAUGAUAAUAUAUCUAUUAUAUGAAAGUAAACUUGAAUUCAGGAUUUGAUUAUACAUAUAUUAUUGGACUAUAUAUUGGCAAAAAAAAAUAAUUUAAUUCAUAUAGCCAUGUUAGAAAAUUUAUUUAGAAAAUUAGUUCAUAUUAAAUGCUAAAUACUGUUGUUUAGUAAAAAAAAAUAAAAAACAGAUGACCAUAAACAAGAAAUAAAUGUAAUUAUAUGUCAAAAAGAAACUUAUCAAACCUGUCGGGAUUUUGGCCGGUCGGGAUUCUGGCGUGUCGGGAUUCUGGCGUGUCGGGAUUUUGGCCGUCGGGAUUGUGGCUGUCGGGAUUUUGGCUGUCGGGAUUUUGGGGUAGACCCGGUACAUAUGUAUGUGUAUACGUACAUAUGUAUUAUACAUAAGAAAUACAUGUUCGGAUUAUCUGUGCUUUUCAAUUAUCCGUGCCACCUCCGGUCCCGAGAAGCACGGAUAAUCGGGGUUCUACUGUAUAUCGAAAUUGUAUAUUUAAAUGACAUGCGGAAUAUUCUGUUCUAUAAGUAUGUUUAUUAUUUAUAAAUCAUAAUAUUUUCCAUAAAAAUUUGUAAUUAAAACAAGUACUCAUAUAGCAGUACAACAGAUUCUUAGUUCCUAGUUGUAAUGUUUUAUCAAUAAAUUAUUUGUAUUUCUAUUUCAAAUUCCUAGGAAGAAUGACAGGCAGCCGAGUAUCUAACUCAUCUAACUCCAUAAUUAUACUGGCUGUCGACUAAACCGCGUCGCUAGCGCUGUCAUGUGUACGGUACCACUUUUUCAAGCCUGCGCUUAACGCGGCGUCUGCCGCCCUCAUGUGCACAGACCCUUAGAUAAUGACAUUUAAUAGAUAGUAUACUGGAGUGUUUGUCUGUUAAAAAUACUUUUAUUUACGUUAGUCUGUAUGUUUAGGGUUUUUAUGAAAUUUGAUCCCUUAUUACAUAUUCCAAAUGUCGAACAAACCUAAAUAUGAGACCAUUUCUAGUAUUUACAAAUAUUUUGACCACCAUUAUAUCUUUCUCGCUUCUGAUUGAAGCAAAUUUUAAAUACCAACAUUCUAAUAUUUGUGUCAUGUGAGCGAGGUUAUUUUUAAAUUACUACUAUAGGGGAUUUAGUUAUUGAAAGAUUAAAUUAACGAAAUUAUUUGACGUGUUUGUGAGUUGAAUUAGUAUAAUUGAAAUUAUUUCAUCCUUUGACUUCAUAAACAUUUUCCUUUUGACUGCAAAAAAUCCUCCACCCUGUAAAUUUUUGGAAUUAAGAAAUAUUACUUCACCUCUUUCAUUUUUAAAUUAAAAAAAUAUCAUUACUACUAAAUGGUCUGAUAAGCAACCUUUGAAAUGAAAAACAUAUUUUUCCAGAACAUUAUUUUAUUUUAUUCGAUAUAAUCCCUUUUUAGCUCAAUACUUCUAACUCUUUAUGCCGUCCGAAUAAUCCGAUUCUGGAAGCUCUGCAAAAUAGGUGUUUAUUUCGUCAAUUAUCUCUUCGUUCGAGCUGAUUUUUUUUAUUUACGAGCCAUCUCUUCAGAUUUGAGAACACAUUAUAAUCGGAGGGGACCAAAUCAGGAGAAUAAGCCGCAUGAGAAAGUAAUUUGAAGUCCAACUCGUGCAUUUUUCCAUUACCAUAACGCUCUUGCUAGUUGGUGCAUUAUCUUGGAGAAACAAUACUUUUUUCUUCUGGCAUAUCACUGAGUUCCUGUUUCAGUUUUUCCAAUAACGCAGAGUAAUAUUGGCUAUUAAUAAUUUUACCUUUUUGAAGAUAGUCAAUUAAAAUUAUUCCUUUGCAAUUCUGUCAAAUGUUGGUUCCGUGAAUUUCGUAGUGGCCGUAUAUCUACAUGAACAACGUACUGGACGGCCCACCAAUGCAGUUAAACCAGAAAAUAUGGUGAAGAAAGUCCACAAAAUGGUUCUAGCUGAUCGUAAAGUGAAGGUGCGUGAAUUGGCAGAGGCCACAAAAAUUAGUAAAGAGAGUACUAGUCAUAGUUUUAACGAAGUUUUGAAUAUCAAAAAAUUAUCUUGCCGAUGGGUGCCGCAUUUACUGACCAUUGACCAAAAACAUGAUGAAUGACUACUUCUCAGCAGUAGUUGGACCUUAUGAACUGUAAUAUGUGGUGCAUUGUACACUGUUAAAUUGGCUGAACUGCUGAAUUUACAGCACAAUCUGUCAGACUUUUGGCUUCAAUUGGUAACCUUUGAAGAAACUACACACCAGAGAACAAAAUGAACGCAUAACAGUGGACUGAAGCCGGCGAAACUGCUCCAAAGCGUCCAAGCGUCGCUUAAUGAGUCAAAACGUUUAUGAACACUGUAUUUAUGGAGUAGUCUGAAGGAGCAUUAGUGCCGUAAUAUUUCACCAGCUGUUCUUUUGUUUCCUUCGCCGUUUUAUUUCUCAGAUAAUAAUGUUUAAUAAGAGAUCGAUAAUAGUUUUUAUUCAUAUGCGUCAUUUUUUCAAACAAUUUAAUUUUAUGCAGCUGUCAAAAAUAUAGUUAUGACCGCAUCGGUUACGUAUCAGACCACCAGGUACUUGAUUUCUUAGCAUACUUUAUUUAAUUAGCAAGCUACUAAAGGAAAUGGUAUAAUAGCGAACAUUAUUUUUAAAAAUGUGGAAAACAUGUUAUUUUUUUGUCUGCAAAUGUACCUUUCUUUCGCAAUUUCUGACAUCACGUUUAUAAAACAUUUUUAUAUGCUUCUGCUUCAACCUCUGCUCAAUUAUCAGCUCAUACAGAUCCAGUGGAUGGGUACCAUAUGUUUUUGAAGUCACUUGCUUGUCACCAAAAAAUAUUUGCCGCCUGCGAUCUAAUAUGGCUCAUUCAUGCAAGAUCCUGUUGACUGUUUCAGAUUUUCUGCUACAGAGUCUAGCUCUCAAGUCUCCAUGAAACAAUCCUAUAGAAUGCAGGUAUUCGUUGACUGGCGCAUGUCCAGUAAGGAAGCCUGUCAUGACUCUGAGCUGAUUCAUCUUUGUUUUUCGCACUACUUCAGCCCUAUUAACACAUAUCCGUCCAAUAUAUAUUUUGCUAUGUGUUUUUCCGGGUAUAUUUUCCCAGUAAGGGUUACGCUCGAUGCACAUUUGCGCCUUUUCAAGCUGCGUGCGAUAGCUGGCGGUUCAGCAGUACGUGAGUUGAAUUUAUUUACUGCACACUCGAGCUGAACCGUGGCGUGCAAGCCGCGUGGACCGAGAGCACGCCCGUUUCUGCUACGCCGCCACGUGCACGCGGCUUGAAAACAAGUCAUGCGGUUUAGCAGUCUGUACUGGGCAAUCAGUGAGUACACGUUAACCGCGCGAUGGAUUUCAACGUAGAUACAGAGCUGUUUAUUUCUGGCGUGUAUUGCCCCCCGAGAAACCGCUCAAAUGUGUGUUGACGGGAAACUUGGCUUGAAAAAAAGCAGCUUGCAAAGCCGCACAUGUGCAUCGAGCCUUAUAUUUUAUCUAGCUUUUUCCGGCCGCGAACAAUACUUUUUGCCACUCCCACCUAAUCUGCACCUAAGGAUUUUAUAGCUGAUGUUCUAUCUGGACUGUUAGACGUAUAUACUAUCUUUGUUGGGACACAUAGAAACAAAGGAAAGAUAUAAUGGAAAGUAUAUUUUAAAAAGAAAAAAAUACUAUUUCGGAAAAAAAAUGUAUAGGUACGUUAAAUAAUUUAAUUAUAAAUAAGGGUAGUGUAAGUAUUUUGAACUGUAAUAUUUUGUUAUUUACACUGAAUGUUUGUCUUACCAAUACUCAAAUUGUUUUGUUUAUUGUCUUACCAGUGAACGUUUUUAUACAAAAUAUUGUUUGACAGCCUGUUUUUUAUAUUCUGUACUUUUGUUAAAGUAUUUGUAAUGAUCUCUCUAAAGUUAAUAUGUUAAAUUUAUCUGUAAUUUUUAGAUAUUCGAGUUUACUUUGUAUUGGUUGUGAUUUCUAGGCAAUAUUUGGGUUUUCAUUAAAAAAAACCAAAGGAUAGUGCCUUAAAAAGGGUUUAUAAAUAUUUUUAUAUUAAUAUAUUUUCAUAUUAUU